AACUCGCCGGCGCCAUAGACGAACGCCACGUAUUUUGUUAUGUGCUAAGUGCUAACCGUGUCGCCGCGUACCGGCAAGUGCACAACAUAACGGAACAUUUAUCACGUCAGUUUCAGAUCCUCGUCGACGAUGUUUCGCGUGCACGCGGGCGCGCUGAUCUGCGCCCUCGCGCUCUACCUGGGCGUGCGGAGUGGCUGCACCGCGGCCGACCUCGUGGACCCGGACCUGGUGGUGCGGAACGUCGAGCGGCACAUCGACCUGCAGUCCCAGCUGACGAAGAUCAGCACCCGGGUGGUGCUGGACAACAGCGGCCGGGACCGUAGCGUCCCGAGCUUCCUCUUCUGCCUGGACGACGCCCAGAGCCGGUCGGUCAGCUACGUGGCGGCGCGGGUGGAGCCCGGUAAGCUGGAGCUGAAGGUGAAAGAGACCAAGGUCGCGGCGCACCGCGACCGGGUCUUCUACUCCGUCGAUCUCGGCAACCAUCUGGCGGCCCGGCGCACCCUCACCGUCGAACUCGAGACGGUGUUCACGCACGAGCUGGCGCCGCAUCCCAAGCAGAUCACCCAGCAGGAGAAGCAGCUCGUCCGGUACACGGGGAACGUGUACGCCUGCCUGCCCUACGCGGUCGCCAAGCAGACCACCUACGUGGCGUUGCCCACGCGCAACAUCGAGAGCUACACCAAGAUCAAGCCGGUCUCCCAGACCGGCUCGAUGCUGGCCUACGGUCCGUACGAGGCGCAGCCGCCGUUCGCCCACGAGGAGAUGACGGUGCACUUUGAGAACAACAACAAGUUCCUCACGGUGACGCGGCUCGAGAGGGUCGUCGAGCUAUCUCACUGGGGUAACAUAGCCGUCGAGGAGCACAUCGAUCUCCUGCACACCGGAGCGUUGCUGAAGGGGUCCUUCUCGCGUUACGAGUACGCCCGGGAGUCCAAGUCCGGACAGGCCAGCAUCCAGAGCUUCGACACCGUCCUGCCGGCAGCCGCCUCCGACAUUUAUUAUCGCGACGAGAUCGGUAACAUCUCCACGUCGCACACCCGCGUCAAGAAGGACUCGGUGGAGCUGACUCUACGGCCGAGAUUCCCGCUGUUCGGCGGCUGGAAGACCCGUUACACGAUCGGGUACAACGUGCCCAGUUACGAGUACCUCUUCCACUCCGGGGACGAGUUCGCGCUGGAGAUGAGACUGCUGGAUCACGUCUUCGACGACAUGGUCGUGGACGAGCUGGUCCUGAAGAUCAUUCUGCCGGAGGGCGCGCGGAACAUCAAGCUGGAGCUGCCGUAUCCCGUGACCCGGCUGCCGGACUCCCUGCACCACACGUACCUGGACGUCACCGGACGUCCGGUGAUAUCCGUGACCAAGAACAAUCUGGUCGAGAAUCACAUACAGAAUUUCAGGCUCAAGUACACGUUCCCGCGUCUGCUGAUGCUGCAGGAACCGCUGAUGAUCGUGCUGGCGCUGUGGCUCAUGUUCCUGGCGGUCAUCGUGUACGUGAGAUGCGACUUCUCCAUCGACAAGGACGAGGCGUCGGAGAGCAAGCUGAGGAUCGCCGGGCAGUGCGAGAAGAUCCUCGCCGCUCAGGAUCGCCGUAUCGCGACCUACUACAAUCUCGAGGAGCAGCUGGCGUAUCUGAAGGUGUCCAAGGACACGAACGGGUUCCUGUCCGCGAUCAAGGGCAUCAAUCAGGAUUACAAGGCGGCGAACAACGCGCUCAACGAGAUCGCGCAGAAGAUCAAGGGCGAGUCCAGCGACGUGUACGAUCGCAUCCAGGAGCUGCAGAAGUGCGAUCGUUAUCUGAAGGAGAUCUACGGCCAGCUGCAGGGCCUGUAUCUGGAGAAGCUGAUCCCGGGCAAGAUCAAUCGGCAGCAGUUCAUCGACAUGGAGAUGGCCAUCUCCAGGAAGAAGGAGGACUGCAUCGAGAAGAUCAACACGAUCGUAAAGUCGCUCCGGUAAUCGUGUCCCCGCGUAAAAUAAAAAGCCAAGGACUUUCUAAAGCAACGAGCGGUGUUUGCGAUUUGCAAUAUACAGUAACGCCGAACCUCGCAUCUGUUAAUAUUCCAUUCGCGAGCACGACGACGGAAGGAUUCCAUACAUUCACAAGCGCAUCGAGUCACGACAAAACUUAUCUAGAUUUAAGAUUUAUAUAAAUAAGGAUUUAUA